AUGGUACAGCAAGAGGUUUCAUUCAUCAUCAGCACGUUUCACCCGACUAGGGCGCCCGGCUCAACAGAGUCGCAACGGAGAACCGCCCAGUCGCACGCCGCCCGCUCAGCACAUGCCAAGGCCAGACGCCUGCGGACGAUACAGUACCAGGCACGGAAGAAACAAGCAAAGCAUGCCGCACACGCACAAGAGACCCAAGUACUUGCCAGCCCCGUAGUAUCAAUGAUUCUCUCGGCAGACAGGACGGACCCGUUCAUGAGCUUUGCAAGGCCACUGGACCCGACCGAGCGGUUUCUCUUCGAUCACUAUGUCACGGUUGUCAUACCUCUAAUGCGUUGCAACGAGACACAGGUUUUUUUUCUCCAGCGCAUGACAAGGCUCUGGGUUCCAGUUGCAAUCAGCGAGUCGUCUCUACUCGAACUUAUGCUUCUCGCUUCAUGUCGGCAUUUGUCGCUCUCUUAUAAACAAGAACCCCAUGGCCAGCAGCAGCGGCUCUUCAGCCGAAUGACACUUCAAUACAAGUUCCAGAGUCUGCAAUCACUGAGACGCGACAUCUCAACCGAGGUGCCGGCACUGAGUGACUCGACGGUCGCGAAGGCGGCCAUGCUCGCUUACGACGAGUUAUAUAUUCGGGACGCAGUUAUGCUUAAGCAUCACGUUGACGGAGCUGUUAAGAUGGUCGCGCUGAAAGGCGGGCCGCAGACCUUGGGCUUAGAUGGACUUCUCGAGCACUUCCUUUCUAACCUUCUUGCCAAGAUGAGAGGCGAUUUCGGGCUCCAAGUCAUGACACCCUGGGAUGUUCGUUGA